AUGUUGCAACUCCUUGUACUCUCGUGUUUGAUCGUGUCUACGCUCGCAUCCUACGGUGCGAACCUCAACUAUCGUUCUCCUUCACAUAACCAUCCUGGCCUUGGAGUCUCCGUUCGCAAGGUUGUCAAGCGCCACAACCCGCGGUCAGCCUUUGCCGACGGAGCGCUAAACUUCACUCACGGUGUCGCCUCUGGUGACCCAUAUCCUAACAGUGUCAUUUUGUGGACAAGGUGCGCACCCAACUUCGACAAUAUCGAUGACAAUAGCACGGUCUCUGGCACUGUCCAGCUGUACAAUCCGGUGCCUAUCUUCCAGAGCAACGAUACCGACCAGCACAAGCCCGUGUCGAAUGCCCCAGUUUGUCUAAAUUGGAAGAUCGCUUCGGAUCAAGGCCUGACAGCUGUUGUAGACUCUGGCAGAGUACAUACAAGCUCCGAUGUAGAUUACACGGUCAAGGUGGAAGCCACAAAGCUCAAGCCUUUCACACAGUAUUGGUAUCAGUUCAGUGUGUGCAAUUCGAAUGUGUCAAGUCUGGUCGGCCGCACUAAGACGACACCGGCUCCCACUGACGAUACCAGUGCAGUCAACCUGGCAGUCUACUCUUGCAGUAACUAUCCCUUUGGAUACUUCAACGCUUAUGGAAACACAGUACGUAAGAACUCUGUUGACUACGUUCUCCAUCUUGGGGACUACAUCUAUGAGUAUGGAAAUGGCGAGUACGGCUGGGGAAAUUCCAUCGGUCGCAUCCCCUUGCCUGAUCGACAAAUCUAUACUCUCUAUGACUAUCGGAAGAGACAUGCCACCUACAGGACGGAUCAUGAUUUGCUUCUCAGCCAUCAAAACAUGCCUUGGAUCCCUGUCUGGGAUGACCAUGAGGUUGCCGAUAACACUUGGCGGGAUGGCAGCGCAGAGCUGAAUAACACAGAGGCAUCUUUUGUUGCCGAUGGCGGCGUCUCGGUUGAUCAGAGAAAGAUGAAUGCUGUGCGAGCGUAUUGGGAGUGGCAACCCAUCCGACAGGUUGACAUCAGCGAUGACCUUCGAAUUUGGCGUUCCUUCGCCAUAGGAAACCUCCUCGACCUGGUGAUGCUUGACACUCGCCAGUAUGACAGAUCUAUCACUGACCUUUACUGGAACACGCACUAUGUCCACGAGAUCUCCAAUGACGCAGGACGAUCAAUGAUGGGCUCUCGUCAAGAGAAUUGGUUCUAUCAGUCUCUCAUUGACUCCAAGAAUCGAGGAGCCACCUGGCGAGUGAUCGGCUCACAGACCGUCUUCAGUAGAAUCAAUGCAUCAUUCGCAUAUGGAAAUGUUGACCCUUUCAACUACGAUCAAUGGGAUGGAUACUUGGCCAAUCGCAAUCGGACAUACAAGACGUUGUAUGAUAACAACAUCACCAAUAACAUCAUGAUCUCGGGCGACAGCCACGCUAACUGGGUCAGUGAUUUGGUAUGGCUUGACGAACAUCCCUACAAUGCCAGCACAGGCGAGGGUUCUGUCGGUGUCGAGUUUGCUGGCUCUGCCGUCUCCUCACCGUCGCCUGCCGGCCAAAACAUCAGCAUCGCCGCCAGUGUCAAUGCCAGCGCAGCAUUAGUUCUGAGUAACCCAGAGCUUCAGUGGCAAGAGUUCUACUAUCGAGGAUACUUCGAACUGCACAUCUCACAUGACAAGGUCGAUGCAAAAUACUUUGGUUUGCCAACCUUGAUCAACCGAAAUCCAAACGAAAUCAGUCUGGCAAACUUCACUGUUUACGCGGGAGAAAAUCGGUUGCACAGGUUCAAUGGCACUACCGCUUCGGGACCGGUGGAAAAUGGAUUUCUCAAGUUCGGGCAGAGGUUGCAGACAAACAUGACUAACUCGACUGCCACUGGAUUGUACUUUAUUAGUCACGAGGAUGUUGAAGAUCUCUGA